AUGUCGGAUAGCGGGGACCACGAUCUCCCAGCGCCGUUUCUAGUCCAGCUGUUCUAUCGCACUGGUAGCUUCUACAGACCAGAAGACUUCGCGUCCCACCCAUUACCGCCUCACGUUUACGUCUACACCUGGCCGAGUUGUACGCUCAGUGACCUAGCUUUGGAGCUCGCAGCGGCGACGCCCACUUCCUUUCCACACCCUGCUAUAGGCGCGAGGCUGUCUUUCCAGUUGGUGUGUCCAGAUUUGCGGAGCGUUAGCGCCGUCAGUAACGCGCCGCCUCGCUAUGCUGUCAAGGACCUGGGCAGCGUAGUAAUCGGCCAACACGCCCAUGGAGCAGCCACGAAUGAGUCGCUAGAGCUGGGAGGCUCGACACGAAGCGGGCCGGGUUCUGGGAAGAAGACACUGAACGACGCUCGUUUCGUCGUGGGAGACUACAUUUCUUGCGCGAUCCUGCCUCCUCUGGCCGAUGGGUCUGUGGCUCCAGCUUCUGCUGCCAGGAGAGAGUCAAACCUAGGUUACAGAGAUGGCAGAGGGCGCAGAGGAGGCAGCGGCGGAUUUUUCAGUCAUGAAAAUGGCUUCAGUUGGUCUAGUAGCCGUGAGAGUAGAGGAGGGAUGAGGGGAAGUGGAACUCACGCCAGCGUACCAUUGGGAGAAUGGAGGAGGGGGGAAAGGGUGCCUUAUGCGGCCUCGUCAAGGCAUCGUGGUGGUGGUGUUGGUGGUGGUGCCGGCGAUGGAAGAUGGCAAGUAUGA